CCAAUCAGAAUGCCAGAUGGUGUAUGGGCUCAAUUGUAGCUGUCUGCUGCUAACAAAUGAAGUAAUUUUUUUUCUGCAUUUCAAGGCGACUUCUUUCCUACUGAGUUUCAUUUUUACCAGUUAAACUAUUUUGAUAUAUAUAUAUUUUUUUUUAAAUCGCGAUGUUUAAUUGUUUCACCGACGUUUUUGUUCGUCUGCUGACACGCCCUCGAAGAACAUUAAAUUAAGCUAUUUUUUGUGAUUGGCGGGUGCUUUUUUUUGCGCUAACAAACCCGGAAAAUAGUAAAGAGAAGCAAUCAUGCAAUAACUUUGUGGGAGGAGUAGCGAAUAUAACCGCUUGUACGCCGCCGCUCCACUUCGGAUCAUCGUUCACAUUUGAAAUCAUUUUCGACGAGGUUGAUAAUGGCCUACGCGGGAUACGGUGCAGCUCCGGGAGGAAUGCAGCAGCAGGAUCCUCUCUAUGGAUACUUUGCAGCGGUCGCAGGGCAAGAUGGACAGAUCUCCGCAGAUGAGCUGCAACGAUGCCUCACUCAGUCCGGCAUCUCCGGCACUUAUCAACCCUUCAACAUGGACACCUGCAGACUGAUGAUCAACAUGCUGGAUCGAGACGUGUCGGGUACCAUGGGCUUCGCCGAGUUCAAAGACCUGUGGCAGGCUCUCAACGCCUGGAAGAACAUUUUCAUGUCCUUUGACCGCGACCGCAGUGGCACGGUGGAAGCUCAGGAGAUGCAACAGGCCAUCAGAUCCCUUGGUUUCAAUCUGAGCCCUAACGCAAUGAACAUGAUAAUGAAGCGCUACAGUGUCAAUGGAAGAAUCCCCUUUGACGAAUUUGUGAGCUGUUGCGUUCGACUGCGCGGCUUGACUGAUCAUUUCCGACGCCGUGACACAUCUCAAAAUGGCACCGCCGCCUUCCAGUAUGAUGAUUUCAUCCAGGUGACCAUGAGCAUGUGAGGAAGGAUGCGAGGGAGGGACACCUUAUUUUUGUAUGCGGAGACUCCUCUUUAUUCAAAUGUAUUUUUUGUUUAUGCAACAGAACCUUCAAAGUGCAACAAUGCUUUCUAAUUCCACCAACAACAAAAAUAUCACUUGUCAAAAGUCCUCGUCCAGGCCGCUCUACAGUUCACUAUCGAUGCAUGUGGAGACAAAUUAAUUUGACCAAGCAGGUGCGAACAUAUUGCAGAAACUUCUCGCCCGAAAAAAACCAAACGCGGUCUACCGCCAUUUGUUUACUCCCCCUGUGUAGUGACGACUUCAUUACAUUCCAAGCAAGAACUAUAAACAUCAGCAGGAGUGGCUAUAAGCAAACAAUACACAUUUUUAAACCAGUCUUAACGUUUACCACAGACUCCCUCCUUGUGUCAGUACAUCAUUCAUUCAUUCGUUUCCCAAUGCCGCUUAUCCUCACUAGGGGUCUCGGCAUGCUGGCGGGGCCGGAUUUGAACCCGGGUCCUCAGAACUGUGAGGCAAAUGUGCUAACUCGUCAUUCACCGUGCUGCCUAAAAAAAAACUUUUGUUUUGUAAAUUUAUAUGAGACUUAAAACUUUGGCUGUACGGUUAAAGUUUUGACAUGGAACAAAACAGAUUUGACUUUAGAGGUUGUGCUGUGCACUGAAUAUAUGUGUAAAUUACCACUAUUUUUCACUCUCCAUUAACAUCAACGCCCGUAUAUGCUGUGCGCUAUCAAUGUAUUUACACAUGAUGUCUAUUAUCUAUGUAUACCCUCUGUUACCUUUUUAAAAUAAGAUGUCCAAAUAGAAGAAAAGGUGCUACUAAACUUGUUGGUUAAAGUUGGUUCUCAGACGACAGCAGACGUCAUGAACUGGAAGGAGAAAAGAUAUAGCGAUAUAUAAAAAUACCAAAAACGGUAAGGAACGUUCGAAGUAAGUGGUGCAUGAAAAGGGGAUUCAUCGUUUUGCUUUGAUUGACACAUAAUAGCUCGUUUAAAUUAGGCUAAAAUAGAGCAGGUACACAAUCUGUAAUCCAUGUUGUGUGCUGUAGUAAAAUUGGACUCAAACUCUGCAACAUAAAGCUGCAACAUUAAGGGGGGGGGGGGG